AAUACUACCACUACUUCCCCCAAACUUUCUUCCCACAUUUUCCAUUUUUUCUUUCAGGUUAUCUUUUCUCUCUGUCUAUAAGUUGUCCCAAACAAUCCUCUUUUUAAGUGGCCUUGUUCUCUCUCACUCUCACUCUCACUCUCUUUCCCUCUCAUUCUCCUUGCAUAUAUAUCUUGGUUUGUUUCACUGACAAAAUUCCAUCUACUUGUAUUGUCUGACACUUCUAUAUAAAUAUAUAAUAUAUAUAUAUAUAUCUUAAUUAAGUAUGUCAAGCAGAAGGUCGCGUUCCAGGCAGUCGGGAGUUCCAAGUAUCACUGAUGAUCAGAUCAGCGAUCUUGUUUCAAAACUGCAACAACUCAUUCCUGAGGUUCGGUCUCGGCGCUCCGACAAGGUAUCAGCUUCUAAGAUUUUACAGGAGACUUGUGACUAUAUUAGAAGCUUACACAGAGAGGUUGAUGAUCUAAGCGACCGUUUAUCAGCGCUGUUAGCUUCGACAGACAACAAUAGUGCCGAAGCAGCAAUAAUUAGAAGUUUACUUAUGUAAUAUUGCUUAAUAAUUAGUUCUUUUCGCUUCUAUGUAUUUAGGGCUUGGUCACUAGGCCUUAUGGUAAGGGUGACAUGGGCAGUACAGCUCCAUGAUAUAUAUCCCUUUUCAACUUGUACUACUAGUUAUA